AUGAAGAAAGAGGCAGUGGACUUGAUUAAGAAACUGGUCCAGCAGCAGCUUGAAGAGACUCUACGUGACCACGAUGCCAAGAUGGACGAGCUUCAACGAAUGGUUUCAAGGCUGCAAACGGUGGUGCGAAAGCAAACGGCCAUGCUCGAAGACUCCACAUACCAACUAAUGAAUCUACAAGUGAAGCAACAUCAACAGAAAAUGCCAAUGGUAUGA